AGCUGCGUUGAAACGUUUCACAAAAUUCACCUCUGAAAUGUUUCACAAAUGUUUCAUGAAUAGAUUGUUUUUAGUUCUGGAUAAUUUUCAAUUUCGCAAGAAUAUUUUCCUCUCAAACGCAUCCUUAUAUUUGAUUGAAAAUAUUUGGUAACAAUUGACAAGUAAAAAUAGUUCAAAGAACCAUAACAACACAAGCUGCUAACUGGUACAACGACGCUGUGAAAGAUUUGCUUGACAGCAGAAAAAACGUGUUAAUUUUCUUGCUCCUGUUACUGCACCUUCAGCAGACAACUUGUUGAACCGAUUCAAACCGAUUGACAGCUUUCUGUUAUUAUUUACUGGCGAACCGGUAUCAUUUUCUGGUAGACUGUUGCCGGCACCAGUCGCAAUUGAAGCGAGCACUUCUGUUCUUUCGUCUCUGUCUCUCUCUUUGUGUGUGCGAACGUUUAUUUCCGUUAUUGUUCGUGAAUUUGCCGUAGGGAACGUGGACACGCGAAAAGGAGAACAACAUGUCCGGAAUAGCGAUACGACGCCUGUACGAGGAACGGAAGGCCUGGCGGAAGGAUCAUCCCUACGGAUUUGUGGCCAGGCCGGUGAAGAAUUCCGAUGGCUCGAUCGAUCUGUUGACCUGGGAGUGUGCAGUUCCCGGAAAGAAGGGAACCCUUUGGGAGGGUGGCCUUUACAAGCUUCGCAUGCUGUUCCAGGACGACUAUCCGGCCACCCCGCCCAAUUGCCAGUUCGUGCCGCCCCUGUUCCAUCCGAACGUGUACCGGUCCGGUACCAUCGCCCUGUCGCUGCUGGACGAGAACCAGGGCUGGCGUGCGGCAACGACGAUCAAGCAGAUACUAUUGAGCAUUCAGGAGCUGCUGAACGAGCCGAACGUUACGAAUCCGGUCCAGACCGAAGUGUUCGCAAUGUACAGCCGCAAUCCGUUGGAGUACGAGAAGCUCGUACGUGCCCAGGCCAAAGCAAAUGCGUUGUAUUGAGUUAAUGUUUCGUUUUGUUUUUUUGCACCACUGUACCCCCCGGGCGAGAGAUGGCAGUAAGAUAAUACGGAUCGAUAGUCGGUAGAGUAAGAGUAGAGGUCCGGCCCGGAUGGCUGGUAAACCAGUAGGCUGUGUCUCUCCCUUCGACCAAAGAGCGCGUUGACGUUAUAGGUGUUACGCAGUCACAUUCGUAUCUCAUAUGUUAAGUUCUCGUAUUUUAUCUCUUGAGCGGAGCGCGUUCAGUUUUGGCGGAGAAGCCGUUUAGGGAGAUUGCAAUUGAACUCUAAGAAGGAGUAGGGAAGCACGGGGGGGGGGGGGGAAUCAUACUUCUAGAAUUACAGCCAAACAAACUGCCUUUUAAACCGUCGCCGUCUGCGGAUGGCCUGCUAAGGGAGAAGAGUAUUAUCUGAAGAGGUUGUUUGAUGUUAUCGAAGCGCGUGGGUGUGUAUUGUCGAUUUCCCAAGGAAAUCGGCGCUGGGGACAACAAAAAAGGCAAUCCCAGCUAUCGUCGCGAGCAAAACGACAUUAUUAGUAAUAUAAGUAACAGUACCGGGGCACAGUCGUUCCGGUUAAAGAGUUCCUUACCAUUUUUCGUUGUCGCCAAAUCGUAACUAUGAGACAUAAGAUGAACUAUCGUAACUAUGAGACAUAAGAACUAUGUAUGAGACAUACGGAAACUGUACAGCGAAGCGUUGUUAUUCUUGCUAAAAUAUAACAAAAAACGAAUAAAAAAAUAAAAGCAUUGAUCAUAAAAAAAA